AUGGGUAAUUAAUGCUGCACAAAUCAACCUACAGAGUAAGAUCAUUGAAUGAUUUUAAUAGAGCAGAUAAAUAGAUAGAGACUAAGCCUGAGGAUAUGAGCAAGUUAAUUUAAUAAUCGUCUAAGAAUGAGGAAGAACCCUUAAAAUAAAUAACAUGUAAGAAGAAGUGAUAAUUUGAGCAAUACCUACUUUAUCUGUGUAGCCAUCGUUGUUUAUUUAGAUGAAGAGGGAAACUAUUUAUGGUACUUAUUAAGUGGGAAAGUUAUUGGGAGAAGGUAAAAUUAAUCGUAAUUGUAGGUGCUUAUGGACAAGUAUCAAUAGUUACUCAUAGAGUGACAGGAAUGUAAAGGGCAAUGAAAGCAAUUCGAAAGGAUUGUUUAUUUGAGGAAGAAUAGGCAAAAUUAUUUUCAGAGAUGACAAUAUUGAAAAAUCUUGAUCAUCCACAUAUAGUGAAUUUAUUUGAGCUAUAUGAGGAUGAUAAAUUUUAUUAUUUAAUAACAGAGUAUUUAAUAAGAUAUUUAUAGAUAGAUAUUUACGUGGAGGGGAAUUAUUUGAUCGUAUUCAGAAAGCUAAGACUUUCAGUGAAGCAGAUGCAGCUAGAUAUAUGAAAUAAGUAAUGUAGGCAGUGUGUUAUUGUCAUUCUAAGAAUAUAGUUCAUAGAGAUUUGAAACCUGAGAAUAUUAUAUUCGCUAGUGAAGAUCAAUAUUCAAUCUUAAAAGUGAUUGAUUUUGGAACAUCUAGAAAAUUUGAACAUAAUUAAAAUAUGUCUAAAAGAUUAGGAACGGUAUAUUAUUUAUUAUUAUUAUUAUUAGCCAUAUUAUAUUGCUCCAGAAGUUCUACAGAAAAAAUAUAAUGAGAAAUGUGAUGUAUGGUCAUGUGGAGUCAUUCUUUACAUUUUAUUGGCUGGAUAUCCACCAUUUUAUGGAAGGAAUGAAAGUGAGAUCUUUGAUAGAAUUUUAAAGGGUAAAAUUCCAUUUCAUAGUAAUUUAUUUUAAUUAUGAAGCUACCGAAUGGAAUAAGAUAUCUAAAGAAGCAAAGAAUUUAAUAACAAAUAUGUUGUGUUUGGAUGUAGAGAAAAGAUAUUCUGCUUAAUAAGUAUUUGAUGAUCCUUGGUUAUAACAAGGAUAAGGAGCAAAUUUGAUUGAUGAUAAUUUUCUUAAGAAUUUAACAGAAUUCAGUGCAAAAAGUAAAUUAAAAUAAGCUUUAUUAACUUUUAUGGCUAGUCAAAUGAUUCAACCAAAAGAAGUUGAAUAAAUAUAAGAAUUAUUUAAAUAAUUAGAUAGAAAUGGUGAUGGUAAAUUAUCUAAAGAUGAAUUGAUUACAGCAUUCUAAUAAAAAGUAUAAAGUGGAGAUAGAUUAAUUGAAAAUAUGGAAAUUAAAAUAAAUAAAAUUGUUACAGAAAUAGAUGUUAAUAUGUCUGGAUAUAUUGAUUAUACUGAAUUUAUUGUAGCUUGUUUAAAAUAUGAAAAAUUAUUGACAAUAGAAAAAAUCAAAUAAACAUUUAAAAUCUUUGAUAUUGUAUAAUAGUAGUUUAAUUUAUUAUUUAGGAUGGUGAUAAUUAUAUUUCUAAAGAAGAAUUAUAACAUAUAAUGGAAGGUGUAGAUGAUGAUAUAUGGAAAUAAUUCUUAACAGAAUGUGAUCAAGAUAAUGAUGGUAAAAUAUCAGAAGAAGAAUUCAUCAAUCUUUUAUCAGAUAAAUUUUGA